AGAAAUCCGAGAGAACUCUGGAAAGCAAGCAGCUUCCUCUUCAUGGCCGAACCUGCCACAGGUCUAACAUGUUGACAACUGAGAAAACAGAAACCUGGCUAUAUCAUCCAAGGGAUUCCACUGGACCCUGCUGCCUCUCAGAAUUCAGUGAAACUCAGCUCCUCUCUGAAGAGACCAACAACAGCACUUUCAUGAGAAGAGCUGUGGUCGGAGCCCAGGAGGAGACAACGGAAGGCUGGGACCAGGGGUCCGGGCUAGAGAAAAGAAAAGAGACUUCUUUUCCAGCCAAGAUGAAAGACACACAAGCCACUCAGGAAAUUUCAGCGGUCCUGCAGAGUGAAGUCCAUGAGCAGGAAGAUAAAAUGGAAAAUCAAGCGCAAAUUGAAGACACACGUGACGAUAUCCCAAAGACACAGCGAUCUUUAGUACAUUUUUUUCCAACGUCAACGGAUUCAGAUACCACUACACUGCCAUGUUCACAGUCAUUAUCCAAUGAAACACCUCUCAGUUACUAUCUGUCUAGCCCUCAGGUUAGUGGAGUAACUUUAUCAACAAUUGGACCAAAGCCUCUUAAACCUGCUCUAGUGAACCAUUCCCAAUCAGAAGACAGCUUGGGACUCAACAACUUCAAAAUUCCAAAGAAACACAGUAUGCCGGUCCUUGCUUCUCAGCCAGCUGUGAUUGGGGAAGGGGAGGAUUAUUUCCUAUCUUUGUUUGGUGAUUCAAAGAAACUUGUGCACUCAUUCCACACCAAGAAAAUUUGGAAGCACUUUUCUAUGAUUCUUGAAGAAGUGGGCCAAUCUAGAUCCAGUGCUCUUGGAGACAUUAAAAUAGCUGAAGUGAAUGUCAAAGGUUUAUGCGUGAAGCUCAUUAACUCUUCCCUUGACAAAGAACUGGAAAUUGGAAAUCAUAUUCUCCAACAAAAUGUGGAUGGACAAACAGUCUCUCUGUACCAAUUCCUUCCCAAUAUCAUAAUGCAGGCCAAUUCCACGGUAACAGUCUGGGCAGCAGCAUCUGAAGCAAAGCACCAGCCACCAUCAGAUUUUCUUUGGAAGGAACAAAACAGAUUUAGGACAAGCCCAAAUUGUACAACAAUCCUGUGCAAACCUAAUGGUGAAGCUGUUGCCUGGUACACUCCUAUUCACUGGAAGCAAGCAUGGGAGAAAUUAGAGACUGACAUUGAAUGUGACAGAUGCUCAGUAGUAAGUCCAACAUCUCAAAGGCACAUGUUUCAUUGGCCAGCAGCUACAACUACAACUAAAGAAAAACAAGAUCAAUCUAAGAAAGAUAUCUCAAAAUAUCAGGUGGAACGAGUUCGAGCUUCUCUUACAAGAGAAAAAGAAAUCCCACCAACCCUUUUCCCCAAUCGCAGCCCUUGGUGCCACAGUCCCAAUGUCUCUGCACACCCUUACUGUCCCCUGAUUGAUCCUCACAACACCUACAUGACUGAACGCAGCUUAGACAGACAGCCCAGGUCUCAGUCAGCCAAGUCUGAUCCAGCCAGGCAGGAUAAAUUGGUCCGAUAA